ACAACACUACCGGACGUGUGUGAACAGAAAGCAUUGAUUGUGUACGGGAUGCACUGAUGCCUGGUAAUCUUCUGUUUGACAUGAAUGCCGUGGACCUGCCGCUGUGCUCUUGCAGGGACUGUGCGUGGAUGUAAUUAAACACAUGGUAGGCUUUUUGGCAUUAAUUGUGCACUAAUGAUGCACUACUCAAACUGGCUUAUUGGCGUGAAAAACAGGGCAAGCCUGCGAAAUGCAUGCAAAACACCCCCUAACACUGACUGGAACAAUAGGGGAAAUGUUGUGGACACGCAGAACAAAAACCCACUGCCGAAUGAGAAGACAUCCGAGCAGAAUAUUGCUCAGCACCUCUGGAAAAAAGGUAAGGGUAUAAAUUCCGUCAAAUAUCUCGGCCUGCAACCAGUAAUUUUGCUCGACUGACACAUUUUCGUGUAUGGCAAGAUGUUUUCACCCUCGUUUGUGUUAUUACUUCUAAAUAUUUCAUGCAAAGCAGCAAGAAAGUAUCCAAAAGCCGGAGUUUGCAGCUCCCUCCUCGGGUCAGAGUGGAGGGCGAAGGCGUGCUCCGUUACCAAGGCGACGGUCAGCUAACAGGGCACGCUAGCGGGGCUAAGCUAGCACCCGCGAUACAAGCUUUGUGUGUUUCUAACACUAAGCUCAUUUGAAACCUCACAUUGAAAUGUUCAACACGGUAACAUUUAUCGUAGACAAUCGCCUGGUAUGCGGCGGCUGAGGCUGAGAGGAGAUGCACCGUAAGUUGAGAGAGCGCGGCUGAGCAGAGAUGACAGGUCUGAUCUGCGGUCACAUAUCGCCCUCUUUAGAUUGAUUUAGUGUGUUUGCUGCUGUUUUAAAUAAAAAAAGAGGAGUCAGUUUUCGCCCUUUCAGUGUCUCCUGGAUAAACAAAGAAAAAACAAUCAUCAUUUUAAUCAGUUAGAUGAAUCAUACUGUUGUCUUACACUGUUUUUGAUAUAUUAUUUCCUGGUUCUGUUGAGGGAGGACUGUGUCAAAUGUUUUUAAGUUUUGUGUUUUUUUGGUCCUACAUAUCUGAACUCUUGUUAUCUAAACUCUCACCCUCGAUCAAGGCCGUGUCUAGAUUUUAGUAUCCAGUGGGCUUGACCAGGGCACCAACUUGUGUGGGGGUGAAUUAGUGCUGCAUUCAUGUGCUCCCAUAGACUGUAUUCUAUACUAAGUUUGGUUUAACAUUAACCAGGUGUUUGAUAAAAGUUGACUGUCCCAGUGUUUGGCUUACUAAUUAGGAUUAAAUACCAUACCACUAUGAACAAAUAAUUAUUUUGACAAACCUAGGUCACUCAGUAGAACUACUUGCACGUACAGUCAAUGUAUAGACGGAUUUCUGUGCAACGUCAUCGCAGGUAUGUGCGUGCAGCCUUGGGGCAGAAAGCGAGAUAUUUCUUAUGAAAAUGACAGGGAGCUGUUGUGCUGUAAACUACACAAACCAUAGACUGUAUACACUAUGGACAACUUGGUUCCGCCUCCCGCCUGUAUACGGAUUUGAAGCCAAAAAGCUCUCUGUAUUUCCAGGAUUUUUCUUCAUUUCCUGUAACCAGCGCUGCGCAGUAGCGAUGCAUGAAUUCGGCUGCGCAGUCGCCGAGAGUCGCCGUGAUGACGCUCGGCUCAAACAGCGUAUCCCCUGGGUGAGCUACGCAAUCCCUGAACGCCCAUAGGCUGUAUGAGGUGUUAAUCAUAGAAAACAUGAACCCCCUAAUAACUUUUAAAAAUGGAGCCUCACAGAAAAAAGAGGACUUGAGCACAAACCAGUCUUACAAUAACUACACGUCAACAUCACAAACAGGGGGGAGAAAAAUUUAUGUUCUGUGUAAUAAAUUUAUAGUUUGUCCACAGCCCCAUAAGCUUUGCUGGCGGAGGAGGGAUUUAUGACCUAUACUGCAGCCCGCCACCAGAGGGUGCUGUUCUCGGAGUGGCUUCACCCAUAGAGGAGGCAGACUCUGUCCAUUCUUCAUUCGCAAGUGUUUUUCUGGUUUUGAUGCAAUGACAGACAAAGCGAUUUUUCAAUGAAAUGACAUUUUAUUGCAAUUGUGUCAGGGAAAACUUGCAAACAAUACAGCAUCUUCAUUGAUAUCAGUUCACUCCGAAGCAGGCUUUUGCCCCCUGGUUGCGUGCACACCUGGUAUUGUUUGUACACAAGAAACCCGUCUAUAAGAAAAUGUUUCAUGACAGUAUUAAAACAACAUUUGCCAAUUACAUUAAUAAUUGAUCACAGUUCAGCUCAGUCGAUCACCAAAUUCUUGCCUGGAUUUCUUAGUUGUUGUGACCUCAACAGACUUGUGCUCACACACAUUUUUUCAACUCAGAAACUUCUUUUCCAGAUGUAUCCAACACCACAUGAACACAGCAUAAGUGUGCACACACAAAUAAGGAGCAUUUUCCCCCCUUUUGUCCCACCCAUUAUAUAUCUAUUCAAACUACUGACAUGUUGGUAUCACACAGAUGAUAGAUUGAUGUCCAGGACUCAAAAUGAUGUACAUUUAAAAUAACAAUAGAAAGAACAGAUAAAAUGCCACAUAAAAAGACACAGGCACCAGACUUUUGCACCACUAGAAUUCAUUUUCGGCCUGUGUUCUGGGAAGCACAGACAGCCAUUAUAUUCUUUCAUGAGAAUGAAAAUAACUGAUUCCCUUCUAGCUAUGGAUCAAAAAGUCCUCACUCCCCAUCCUAAAAAUUACCAAGGGCAUUAAUGUCCAGUGGGGCUGUUCCCGUUUCUUUUUUCUCUAGAGACCACAGUUUCCCUGUUGUAAAUGCUCUUGUUUUCCUGUCCUGGUCUUUCACUUUUUGUUUGACUUUAAAAGUAAUGGGUUAGAAUCAUAUGUUUUCAUAGUGUGCCUAAUUUGUUGACUCUUUCUUGUACAGGCUACAAAACAAUCAAGAAAAUCGGGGAGGGUACAUUUUCAGAGGUGGUGAAAACUCAAAGCCUGAAAGAUGGAAAGUUCUACGCUUGUAAAACCAUGAAGCAGACGAUAAACAGGUAUGUAUCCUGUAACAAAGUUACAGUCAGAUGUGCCCUUAAAAUCUGUGCCAUCAUUUAUCAGUUUUCAGAAUAAAUUUGAUAUGUUUUCAAUCUGCUUUCUAUUACUAAGUCUGGAACAAGCCAACAACCUGCGGGAAGUCCAGGCUAUGAAGAGACUGAGCCCGCAUGCAAAUAUCAUCCAGCUUCAUGAGCUGAUUUAGUGAGUACUGAUCCAGUCUGUUCUGAAAUGACCAUCUUGCUUCAAGCUGGUUUCUUGAUGAUUGCCAUAUUAACCCAAUGCUGUAUUUCAGUGACAAGGAAACUGGAACUGUGUCUCUGAUUUGUGAGCUGAUGGAGAUGAACAUCUAUGAAUUAAUACAAGGCAAGUCAUAAAGAGUUUUAACAGCUGAGGAGAAUUCAAAGUCAUAGAUGCAGUCUUUGUGUAGAGUUAAUGAUGGGCUGAUGUUUGGUCCCCAUUCCUUGCAGGGAGAGAAACACCACUGCCUGACUACACUGUAAAGAACUACAUGUACCAACUCUGCAAGUCCCUUGAACACAUGCACAGGUAUUGUAGUUUUAAAGGUGUUUCAGCUUGUGAAAUAUCAAAUUUAAAAAGUAUACAAAAACUCCUUUUUUAUUUCUACAGCUGUGGGAUUUUUCACAGAGAUGUAAAGCCGGAGAACAUCCUCAUCAAAGUGAGAUGAAUAUCGUCACACUCUCUUACGCUGGUGGUAGUCUAUUUAGGAAUCACACUCAUUUUUGAGUAUUCUGUGUAAUUUGCAGCAAAAUGGCCUAAAGCUCGGAGACUUUGGCUCAUGUCGGAGUGUGUACUCCAAGCCCCCACACACUGAGUACAUCUCCACACGCUGGUACAGAGCCCCUGAGUGCCUUCUUACUGAUGGCUACUACAGCUUGAAGAUGGACAUGUGGAGCACUGGUUGUGUCUUCUUUGAGAUCAUGAGGUAUCACUGCAACACUUCAUCCGUAGAAGCCUAAAUGUUUGAGGCGGCAUUGUUAUUUCUGUGAGCCACACACAUGGGUGUCAACCAAAUUUUAUGUAAAUAGUUUUGUUGUUGUGUUCCUGCGUGUUUCAGUUUGAAUCCUCUCUUCCCUGGAACCAAUGAGCUGGACCAGGUUGCCAAGAUCCAUGAUGUGCUGGGGACACCAGAUCAAAGUGUCCUUAAAAAAUUCAAGCAGUAGGUAUUGCUCCUUAUUUGUAUUCAGGGGGGGCCGUGUCUUUGUAUUUAUAGUUUUUUUCUUUAUUUCUUGCAGGUCCAGAGCGAUGCACUUUAAUUUUCCCCCUAAAAAAGGCUCUGGCAUCUCACGAUUAAUCCCUAACUGCCCAGCUCCGGCUCUGUCACUGCUUUAUCAGAUGCUCGCCUAUGACUCAGAUGAGCGCAUCACUGCAGAAACAGCCCUGCGGCACACAUACUUUAGGGAAAUUAGGUAAGCAGCGAAAAUACGAAACAAUUAAUGCAACUUUUUCAUGAAUUCUGCAUGCUUGGUUUGCUCGUCAGACUAACUAUAUAAGGACUUAUUUACUUGUUCUUGCUUUUUGUCCCAGGCUGGCAGAGAAGAAGACAGAAACUAUUCACAGGCUUUCUGGAUCUCUGGGUAGAGUCGAAGGUAGUGGGAUGCAUAACUCCCUAGACCACAUCUGGCGCCCCACCAGACUUGGCAAACAGCUGAGGGGUAGACACACAAGGCAAACACCUUUAAUGACUGUAAGUCUGUUUGACUCGACCCUCAAGUUAACACAAAAGUGUAUUUUGCUGCUACUGUCUGAUCAAUUUGUUCACCUACAGCACAACAUGAAGCAUGUAGCAGAGCCCCUCAUCAGGAGGAACAUCCCCCUUUAUCCCACAGAGCUGCCAAAGCUCAACAUGGUCGUUCCAGGACCGCAGAUGUCCUUCCCUGUCUCCUCUAUGCCUGCAUUCGCUGUCACUCACCGGGGCAUGCUGCCAACCCUCACCUCGAAAAAGUGCCAGUCAAGGUUGGCUAAGGUAAAACUACAAGAGAGCUACGAAGACAAUAGGUUUUUGUCGAUUGAAAAAUCAUUCAGUCAUCAAGGCCUUAAACAAAACACAUCAGACAUUUUUCUUGUUUUCACUUUGUCCUGUUAAGAGAAACAAACAUUAAUAAACUCUAAGUGCUUCUGUAGCGUUUUCUCAAAGGCUUAUUUGGCAUUCAGGUUGCGUUUCCUUUCUCCACAGCCUGGGGAUGAGUCACACCUCCCAGCUUGUAAGACCUACUACCUGCCACCGCUGGAUAGGAAACAUGGAGGCUACUGAGAACCAGAAGCGAGGUUUGGUUCAAAUUUACCUCUUUAGACAAACAAAAAAAACAGGAAAGACCAGAAGAACAGAAUGCUGAAAGGACAAUGCCUGGACAGGCCUGAUGCUGCAACCUGUUAAGGAACACAAGAAAAAUACACUGAAGACCACCAGGCCUGUCGUGUUUCACUGUUGAUCUGUCACUGUAAUGAUAUCUGAGCAAACAAUAUUAGUGUGUCAUAUCGUUGGCUUGAGUGUGUAGCUUCAUUUUGACCUUGGUUUUUUCUUCACCCAGUCAGGUGUUACAUGUUUUUAACUGUUUAGGAUUAUACAACAAUCUGAGCUGAUUACACAAGCUAAGAGCAAUAAGAUAUUUGACACUUGACCAGAGCUGGAUUUGAUGGUGUCGAGUCAGACUCUUGGAAACUAACAGAUAGUCCUGAAAAAUGGGUCAGACUGGUCGACAAAAAAACUUCGAUACAGAACUGAUCAGAAUUAAGUCCAUGUAGAAAAAUUUGUAUUUAUUGCCCUUCAUGUAUAGAGGUAACCAUAAUGCCACAGCUGGAUUGUAAUUGGGUGUAUAUAUAUAUAUAUAUAUCAGCUGUUUACUUAUUGUGCUGGUAAAACUACAUCCUGACAUCAAAUCAAGGGUCAAGUCACUUUGUGAACCUAAAUCCAGUCUAGACUUUUCAAACCUUCUUAAGCAAUCUCAAGGAAGGCAGAGGCACGCCCUCGAAUGAUGUAAAACUGCACAUAGGAGCUUUAUGUGUUCAGCUGGGAUUCACAGUUGUAGAGCGUCGUACAUGGAAAACUUUGAGUGGGUGGAAUUUGUUUAGAUGAGCACUGUGUAACUUUUUAAUAGCUGUGAAUUCCUCAGGACAAACCGGUCUGUAGGGCAUUUGUCUUCCUGUACAAGUAUAAACCAUUUAAGUGCUUCAAAAUUGUAAUUCAUGGCACAGUGUUAGAAAGCUUCAUUUUAAGGCACGUGGUUCAUAUUCAAUCAACCUGAUUACUCUUGAUAUAUAAACAAUAAAUUAAUGAAGAAAUAGCUAGAACAUUUAGUCUCAUAACAAUAUUCUCCCAUUAGAGUAUCUUCGUAUGUGGACACUUCUGGUUAAAAGUUGCUGACUGUGCCUGAGAAUAACUUCUUGUUCGGUGUGUUGCUUGGCCAGUGUAAGUGAACUCUCAGUACUUCCUUUAACUGUGGCUUUAAAAAGUCUUUUUUUUUAAUUCAGAGCUGUGAUCUCUUUCAAAAUGACUGUAUCUCAGUCUUUAGUUAGGUUAUUAAAACCCAUAAUUAAACAAAAGUAUUGAUGCAUCUCUGAUGUUACUGAACCUUCAAAUUGAAAACUUUAAUCUUCUAAAUCAUGUCUGCACAUUGCCCUGACACUAAAAUAAUUACUGAGAAGUCAUAAUCUGUUUUUUUAUGAAUAACAGUGGAAAAAAUAAAAUGUAAUCCACUUAACAAAUGUCUGCUUCACUGGUCAAUGUAUAAGUCACUCACUGGACCCUUGAAUGAUUGGUUGUAGAAAAAUAAAUAAAUACGGGAACUGGAGUCGUGUUAACAGGCAAAAACUUUUU